UCUAAUACGGAAGUGGGCGUGAACAACUGCCACAUUCAGCAGCAUCAUAGCACGGUCUACCUUUCGUAAAUAAUCACUGCUACACAUUUUCUUCGUAUUUAAGUACAUGCAGAUCAGCUUUAUUUCAUCUUUUUCUCGGAGACGUGCAAAUGUGCUGUGCAGCUGCAUCACAGGGUUGAAUCAACACGUGACGUUUAGAUGAAAUUAUGACUUUUAAGAGCCCCUGGAAAUAUGAGCCAAACGUCAGAGUCUCCAGCCGAUACUGCUGUGACUGAAGCUCCUGUUCCACAAUCUGAGACCAAGCAGUCAACAACCGGGAAGAAACAAAACAAAAAGAAAGUGGACGAGGUGGUGGAGGAAGAAGAGGAGGAGUACGUUGUGGAGAAGGUCCUGGAUCGGCGUGUUGUGAAGGGAAGAGUUGAAUACCUUCUCAAAUGGAAAGGCUUUUCUGAUGAGGACAACACCUGGGAACCAGAGGACAACCUGGACUGUCCUGACCUCAUAGCAGAAUUCCUACAGUCACAGAAAACUGCCGAAACUGGAAGCAAGAGACGGGCCGACACAGACGGAGAUGGAAAGGAGUCUAAAAAGCGCAAGGAUGAGCCUGAGAAACUCAGAGGUUUUGCACGUGGUUUGGAUCCUGAGAGGAUUAUUGGUGCUACAGACUCCAGUGGAGAGCUCAUGUUCCUCAUGAAAUGGAAAAACUCUGAUGAAGCUGAUCUUGUACCAGCCAAAGAGGCGAAUGUAAAGUGCCCACAAGUGGUCAUUUCCUUUUACGAGGAACGCCUCACCUGGCAUUCGUACCCUACUGAAGAGGAAGAAAAAAAAGAUGAUAAAAAUUAAAAUGUAAGGGACAUUGGUUUUAAAUUGUGGCCAUCGAAAUGUGUUUUUGACUAAUUUCCUGUUUAAAAAAACAAAACAAAUUGAGUCGAAAACUCAA